AAAUCACUUUUAAAGAUGCCGAAAACAAUCGAGCAGGAUGUCACUGUAAGUUUCAUGAGCUCGCAGUGUUGACCGCGCGAGGAGCAUACAUAUUAAAUUUGUUCGAUUUAAUCUUCCAUUACACACUUAAACUGUACUCUAUACAAUUGAUUAAAUAAUCAUGAACAUAUAGAACGACGAAAAAGCGCGAAAUCAACGUAGUACAGUAGAUUGAGACACGGAACUCGCCUCAUCUCCCGUACAACCUUCGCGGUUAUCUAACUGAACGAAUGGAACAGCAUGGCAUCUUGCGUUACGAUAUUCACCACGGCUCUUUUUUAUUGAUGCCUCUUGGCGAACUUGGUAUUUUGCAUAUCCUGUUUGGGGAACAAUUAUGAUGAUGCAGAGUUCCGAUUCGAGGGUUGAGCAUUCGGUGCGGAGCCGAUCAUGUUCUUCGAGGCGGAUCCGAAUGGUUCGGCGUUGGUCGACGAACAACCAAGAAUCAACAUCAAUCAGCCGCGAUGGGACCAGAGGAAGUAUUGGGGCCGAGUGCGACACUUCAUGAUCACCACCUUGCCCACGAAUCUGCUGAAAAGCGACGUGGAAUUGGAUAAGGCCCAGGAAGUGGUGCUAAAAUACAGACGUGGCGAGAAGCUACCGGGAAUGACUGUUGAUGAGCUAUGGCGAGCAAAGCAUACCUACGAUUCCGCUUUCCAUCCCGAGACAGGAGAAAAACAGAUGUUGAUUGGCCGAAUGUCUGCACAAGUACCAUGUAACAUGGUGAUCUCUGGCUGCAUGCUGACGUGGUACAGGUCAAAUGUUGCGGCAUUUUUCUGGCAAUGGAUCAACCAAUCCUUCAAUGCUUUGGUCAACUACACCAAUAGAAGUGGAAAAUCUCCAAUAACCAACGAACAGCUUGCGGCAUCUUAUUUCUUGGCAACCAGCGGAGCAGUCGGUACAGCAAUCGGAUUGAACAAACUCGUCAGAUUCAUGCCACCUUUGAUCGGAAGAUGGGUUCCUUUCGCAGCUAUAGCAGCCGCGAACUGCGUCAACAUCCCGAUGAUGAGGCGAAAGUGCGUGUUUAUGUUUUCCUAUCCCGAUGAGCUGGCUGCUGACACUCAUCGCAUUCCAUUGUUCUUAUUGGAUGUUUUCAGAGAGAUAACAGAAGGAAUCCCGGUGCUCGAUGAUCAUAGUGGAAACCCCGUGGCAGUCUCCCAGGAAGCAGCGAAACGAGGCAUUUCCCACGUGGUUGUCAGCAGAAUCGCCACAGCUGCUCCUCAUUUUGUGCUCCUGCCGAUCUUGAUGAAUCAUCUGGACAAGAGAGGCUUUCUGAGACGCAACCCGUGGUCAGCUCUACCGAUUCAGUUGGCAGGAGUGGGGUUCCUUCGAUCUUUCGCAACCCCGCUGUGCACGGCAUUCUUUCCACAAAUCUCAUCCAUCGAGGUCUCCAGACUCGAGCCAGAAGUUCAGGAAGUGAUCAGAAAACUGGAAAACCCCCCGGAAAUCGUCUACUACAACAAGGGUUUAUAAUAAAUUGGCUGGGAAGUGCUUGUACCGCAGUGUUCGUGAAUAAAGCUUAUGAUUCGUGCUCUUCAUCAUUUCAAAUUUUGUUACGCGGAUUGCAUGCUUUACUAUAGUUACGUGUAAACGUUGAAGAAUAAAAGCUGUGCGAUUAAUCAGAA